GUCGUUUUUAGAUUACAGACAAGAAAAGUACUUGUCAUUAUUGAAAGAUCUUAUAAUCAAGCAGAAACAAAAGGCAAUCUUCCGGUUGUUAUUCUCAUACGCAUUUGGCUAAAAAAAAGAAAUAAAAUGAAGAUGUUUUCUCCAUAUGGAGGGCUGCAGUCACCAAAACGAAGCAGAAAUAGUCGGUUCUGGUUCACUGUUGUUUUUUGCUUGGCAGUUGCCUCUAUGAGUUGCUUCGCUUACCCACGAGGCUGUACAAUUAACAACAAAACUAGUCGGUUGUUUUCGUGGGUAGCAUUGAACUGUCGGAGAUUAGGGUUGACAACACUACCUAAAAGCGUACCACCCGAUGUGACUCGCCUGGAUCUUUCAUCCAACUGUAUCAAGAGCCUGACAGAAGUUCCAGUACUCAAACAUCUCGACUCACUGGUCUUGAAAUUUAACCUCAUUGAAACCGUGGACUGGGCGUCUCUUCGCAACUUACCAAACCUAGAAAACCUAGAUGUGGAGUUCAACCGACUUACGCACGUCAGCUUAGACGCUGUCGUGAAGAAUUUGCCUAAACUGAAGAGCGUAAAUUUGUCUAACAACAGGCUAGCUUCUUUCUCCUUUCACGAGCUGGGACAUCCUUUCUUACACGUCUCGGCGCUGGUAUACAUUCAAUACAACCCCUUUAACUGUAGCUGUGCAAUGCUGUGGCUGAUGAACAAGCUCAAGUGUCUGCUGGAACCGGUUGAACCAGAAUUACGUACUUCUAGUACAGAAGAUUGUAACUGCGUCAACACUAACAAGUAUUGCGAAUUGUGCGAGGCCUGCAUUCUGUCCUACGAUAUUGCCUUUGACGCUAAGCCGUUCAAAUGCGACAGCCCUGUCCACCUGAAAGGAAAGCUUUUGACAGAUGUUGCACAAAAUCUGACGGGGUGCGGAAUUGAAAACUCGGCCUCAACAGCAACAACAAGAAACACACCCGGUCUGCAGACAAGACAAGGUUGGGAAGAGGGAACUUCUGCUGGUCCUUCUCCUAGUAAUCUCCAGUCUGACAGUAAAAUAACAGCACAACAUGGCGACAUGCUACAGAAGUCCCAAUGCCCGCGCGGCGCAAAUGUAACUGGUUACCAAUAUGCGUUUCUCUCGAGGGGCCCCAGUGAUUAA